CUGCUCCUGCUGGGGGAGGGAGGGAGUCAUGGCGGACCGCGACGAGACGAGAGCCAGAUUAAAAAAACAAAACAGGGUUGCGACUCAUCGGAAGCGCUCGACUUCGACCUUUUCUUCAAUUGUGUUACUUAUUUUUGUCUCUGUGUGAACCAUCGUCUGGAGAUGUGUAUAUAUUAUUUACGUUCUGGAAAUUUUAUGAGGUUGUGAAGUAUUGUUCCCAGAGUGGCUGUGAGGGACAUGAGGAGAGAAGCACCAAGUAGCGCAGCGCUCCGAUGACUCGUCGACUCAUGUUGGGAAGAAAUGUCACCACAAGUCCUCUUCAGGACUGUUCUUGUCGACGCUCGGAGCAAGAACUGUCCGGGUGGAGUCUUCAGGAGUGUUCUUGUAGACGCUCGGAGCAAGAACUGUCCGGGUGGAGUCUUCAGGAGUGUUCUUGUCGACGCUCGGAGCAAGAACUGUCCGGGUGGAGUCUUCAGGAGUGUUCUUGUAGACGCUCGGAGCAAGAACUGUCCGGGUGGAGUCUUCAGGACUGUUCUUGUCGACGCUCGGAGCAAGAACUGUCCGGGUGGAGUCUUCAGGAGUGUUCUUGUCGACGCCCGGAGCAAGAACUGUCCGGGUGAAGUCUUCAGGAGUGUUCUUGUCGACGCUCGGAGCAAGAACUGUCCGGGUGGAGUCUUCAGGAGUGGUCUUGUCGACGCCCGGAGCAAGAACUGUCCGGGUGGAGUCUUCAGGAGUGUUCUUGUAGACGCUCGGAGCAAGAACUGUCCGGGUGGAGUCUUCAGGAGUGUUCUUGUAGACGCCCGGAGCAAGAACUGUCCGGGUGGAGUCUGAAGACGACCACAGUGUAGUACAAACGAGGCCUCUCUCUAAUGGUCGUCCCCCACUCUCCUCCAGCAACGGUAGGGUCGUUGUCUCGAUCUCAAGGCUUCGUCAGGACAUGUUGGGUCGCCCUCGUCGAAGUCUGCGCUCCUCAAGGAGGGAAUUUGUCCAACAACUCAAGGAUCAACUGCUUCAGAGACCGUAUAGAAGCUUCGUUACAGCGCGGCCACGGAGGGCGCUGACGGCUUGUAGUAUCGCUAAAUGUGGUGUUGUCUUUAGUGUAGAAGCGCCAAACUCAGCAGUAACGAUGGUAAACUACAGCUGACCUGGCUGGGGUCAGCACACUGACCCAGGGUGACCUCCCUGUCACACUGCCUUACACGCGCGCGACUCCCGGGGCGUCGAACCCUCAUUAGUGUGAGAUUGGAGUCAAACCUUCCUCACCUGGCAUGGAAUCAUAGCGGGCUGUAACCGAAGUUGAGGUCACGCUUGACCUGACCUCCGUCGACUUGAUGGUGUGACCACCGGGCCUAACUGCGAGCAAUGAGGCUAGGCUACUAGUUAGGAUACUAGGCUACUAACUGGUUAGGAUAGAGGCGAGGUGGUAACCUUCCGCGGGUGUUGUGGUCAAGGCUGCCACCAGAGGGCGUCCUCCCGCGCUCUCUCUCAGUGUUGUUGGCGGUCAAGGUGGCUGGCAUCACACUGUGACCUCCCGCUACUGUGCUUGUUUGUGCUGUCACUUCUAUACUGUCACCACACUGUCACCACACACACCUAUACUGUCACCACACACACCUAUACUGUCACCACACACACCUAUACUGUCACCACA